AUGAACGCAGUCUCUCCACGACGCUCUGGGCCAACUAGGCGCUACAACAGGUCGCGAUGCGGAUGCUUGACCUGCAAGCGCCGCAAAGUAAAGUGCGAUGAACAGCGGCCAAGGUGCUCCCAUUGCGAGCGUCUGAAUCUAGAGUGCAAAUGGCGACCGCAUCACGCUGCUGCGUUAGCAAAGCCGCGACAGGACACCAAUGGCGAGAGCGCCACAUCGUCGAGUCAUCAGCUGGCUCUAUCGCCGUCUACUGACCCAUCACCAACCGCAUCGGGGCUGCGGACGCUGCAGGCUAUGGACGAGGUGUUUGACUAUGCGAGCUUCAUGUGGGAUCCCAGCAGUAGUCUUUGGCAGCAAGAGAGCCCUGACAUGGCGACCAGCCUUGCAAUGCCCGCGAAUGAGGUGAACAACGGAGACCAAAAUUUAGAUCAAACUAACUCUACUUCAAGCGAGAGACUCAUGGAGUUCUUUGCUAAAUCUGCCACUCCGCCAAUCCUUGCUGGGGUUGAGUCCCAGAGGAAAUGGUUCUCCAUUCGUCAAGGCCUCGUCGCAAUGUCAAAGAGUUCUCGCGUCCUGCGCUGCGCCAUAUUGGCAUUCUCAAAUACUCUGAUAUGUCGGAGUAACCCGUCGUCGACCUUUGACGACCAAAGCCAUUACCACGAAGCGACCAUGGAAGUGGAAGCCCAGGGCCACGACUCUCUCACUGGACAUAGUCUAGCACGCGAAUGCCUGCUCGCCGCCUUAUUCUUCUUGAGCUAUGUUGAAAUCAUUGAAUCCAGGCUCGAUACGGCUCAUCGAUACCUGAAACAAGCGUACAAUAUUCUUCAAAAGGGGGAUAAAGCCUCGUUCUCCCAUGUCGAGAAGCAAGUCCUUCUUUGGAUUCGGCUGUUGGAUGCUCGCGCGGUGUCGGCCGGGGGCGAGGGGCUGUUCCUAUCUCAAGACGAUGGAAUUGAACUCGUAGAGGCCUCGCCUGCGAGUUUCGACGCCGAGACGGAUGAGACUUCGAGGAGCCCCGACGCUGCCAGCGAUGAUGUCGAGGACGUCCUGUUUCAAGUCCUCUAUCAACCCGGCAUCGUCUUUUUCCAAAAGGUGCAGAGCUUCAUGGGUCGCAUCUCUAAGAUUGAUCCUUGGCAUCGGUCAAGAGGCACCGUGGAAGACGAGAUCGAAGUCAUGAAUAUUGGCGCCUCCAUUGCCACGGAUCUGCGAACGUUGUAUGACCAGCGGCCGCCGCUGAUGGACUACGCCGUUGCGGGCAAGCUGUCGGAGCCUCACAUAUCAGCAAACUUGGCAUUCACCAUCACCAGAGCAUUCCGCACGUACUUGUCCAAUUAUUACGCCAGCAAAGUGCAUCUCCAUCGCGUCGCGUACAAACACCUCCCCCUGACCAAGGAGGCGACCGAUGCGCUUGGGCAGAUUCGCAAGCUGGCGCAUCAGAUUUCAUCGGACCUGGCUCCUGAGGAUUCGCUACCGGUGAACAUGCUCUGGCCGCUGCUGAUGCUAGGCGUGGAGGAGCAGGAUCCGGAGGAGAGGGCGUGGAUUCGAGCCCAGAUUGUGCGGAUGGAGGGUGUUGCUGGGAAUGCGAGGAUCACGGCGCGGGUCUUGGAGGAGGUGCAGGCUCGUCAGGAGGCGUCCAAGGCUCGGGCGGAUAUUCGAUCUGUGAUGCAUGCGGUCUUUAAUUCCUGCUUUGCCAUCUUGUGA